GUUGCCUGCAAUAUUGAAAAAGAAAAGAAUUUUUAUUUUCUUCACAUAAAGUGGAAACAAAAUAAAUAUGACUUUCAAUUUGACUUUGUGCUUCUUAUUUAUCACAAUUAUCUUCAAUUGUUUUUCUCCAAUUGAUUCAACUCUUCAAUUUGUUAAUGUGGUUUUACGUCACGGUGAUAGAACACCUCUCCCACAAUAUGAAAUGUAUCCAAACGAUCCCCAUAAAAAUCAUACAUUCGAUCCUCCCGGAUACGGACUAUUGACACAAAGUGGUGAAAUUAGAGCUUCUAAAUUGGGAGUAAAUUUAUGGAAGCAAUAUAGUGAAUUUUUAGGUAAUGACUAUGUACAAGGCUCAAUUGAAGCUCGAAGUACAGAUUCUAAUCGAACAAAAGAAUCUUUGAAUUUACUUUUAAAAGCUCUGUAUCCGAAUAAUAUUAUUGAAUAUACUUAUCAGCCAUUACUCAACGACACAUUACUGUAUCCCUCACUUUGCAAAUUAUAUAGUGAAAAAUAUUAUCAGGUGUUAAAUAUGACAGAAGUAAAGAGAUACGUUGCACAAUUUAAUGUAUUUAUGCAAUAUCUUUCUCUUUGGACGGGGAAAAAAAUUGAAUCUUUACUAGAUGUUGCACUAAUUUCGGGAACAUUAGACAUAGAGAGAUAUAUGGGCUUAGAAUUACCAGAGUGGACCAAAGAUGUUUAUCCAGAUGGUGAUAUGCGCAUUGUAGUCAAUGCUUAUUAUAAAAUUAUGAAUUAUGACGUGGAAAUUAGAAGACGUAAUGGAGGCAUGCUUAUUCGUAAAUUCACGGAAGAUAUGGAUGCUGUAAGAUAUGGGACAAUGGACAAAAAAAGAAAAUUAAUGUUAUAUAGUACACAUGAUCUUACCGUUGCUGCUGUUUUAAAUGCUUUGAAGGUUUAUCAUUUACAUGCGCCUCAAUUUUCUUCGGCUGUAAUUGUCGAACUACAUCUUAUAGAUAAAGUUUAUUACGUAAAGGUUUUAUAUUAUUUAGGCGACCCAGAGAAGACGAUAGAAUUACAAAUUCCAAAUUGUAAUCUCCUAUGUCCAUUGGAUCAAUUUAAAAAUUUAACAAAAGAAAUUAUACCCUCUGAUUUUGAAUACAAUUGUGGAAACGUGUAAAAUUGUAUUUUCAGAAUAUUUCAUUAUAUUAGUCGAUUAUAAAAAAAAUAGAUGAAAUGUAGUUUUCGAUGUGACAAUAUAGAAUUUUUUAUUUGUUACAAAUUUAAAUCCACGAUUGAAUUGCAAAGAAACAUUUUUUUUUCUACAAAUAUAUAUAUAUAUAUUUGUUAGCAACUUUUUUGUCAAAUGUAUUUGAAAAAUUGUUAUUUUUUUUUUAGUAAAAAUAAAAAUAGUUUUUAAGCUC